AGUGACAGUUUGGUUUGUGCUUUUGCUACGUUCAGGUUGGAUAUGUAGAUAGUGGAAUGUUUUAGUAGUGUACAGGUGGAAAUUCGACACGUCAAAUUUGUAAUAAUCGUUUCCGUUCUAAUUUUACCGCGUGAAUAGUUUCGUUUUAAUCCGAUUCAAUGGAAAUGUGAUUUUUUUGGUAUUUAUCCAUUGAUCGGUGGAAAAUUUGUUCGGAAAAACGAUCAUAAUUCAUCAUUCCUAAACGACAUUACAAGUGUUGGAGACAAAAUCAAACAGUCGUGGUAAACAAAACGCGAUCGACAAGUGAAUACCGACAGGUGGAGCCGAUUAUCAAUAAAAUUUAAAUUCUAUGGAUAACAUUUUAUUACGAAAUGAUUUCUGGGCCAUCGUUAAGUUGUUUGGCUGUCGAAUCCGAUGGGGCCUUCUAUGGUUCCAUGUCGCCAACAGCCAUGAGGCUGGACGCUGCCCCAUCAAUUUGUCAUAACAAUAAUAAUAACAAUAACGCCGUUAGCGCUCCCGAGCUGGCGCUACUCGCAAAACUGGAAGAGGCAAACAGACUCAUCGAGUCCGACGCCAAAUCGCUCAAUUCGUUGAGCGGGGCGUCGGGACAUUCUCGGAAGAGUUCUGAUACCUCGCAAAUUUCUUUAAAUUCAGGUAACCAUGAUAAAAGUGAAGACGGUGAAGAUCUUUGGACAUUAUGGGGAAAAAUGGUUACCGAUUGGGAUUCAUUUUGGAAAAAAUCUAACGCCCAAGUACGUGAGCUAUGCAGAAAAGGUAUUCCAACGCAUUUUCGUGGGAUCGCCUGGCAAUUAUUAUGUUCCGCAACAGACGCCCAAGAGAAAAAGCUUUACGCCGAAUACAUCAAAACCAAAUCACCGUGCGAAAAAGUUAUACGACGAGAUAUUGCUCGAACUUACCCCGAGCACGAUUUUUUCAAAGAAAAAGACGGUCUCGGACAAGAAUCUUUAUUCAAUGUCAUCAAAGCCUAUUCUUUACAUGACAGAGAAGUCGGGUAUUGUCAAGGUUCGGGAUUUAUCGUUGGAUUACUUCUUAUGCAGAUGCCUGAAGAAGAAGCAUUCGCAGUAUUAGUAAAAAUAAUGGAAGAUUAUCGAAUGCGAGACAUGUUUAAACCAACAAUGGCCGAACUCGGUCUUUGCAUGUUCCAACUUGAAAACCUCGUCGCCGAACUCCUACCGGAUCUCAAUCAACAUUUCCAAUCACAAAGUUUUCAAACAACAAUGUACGCUUCCAGCUGGUUCCUCACACUGUUCACGACAGCCUUAACUUUACCCAUGGCAUGUCGUGUUAUGGAUGUAUUUCUUUCCGAAGGUAUGGAAAUUAUUUUCAAAUUAGCUUUAGCUAUGUUAACUUUAGGAAAAGAAGAAUUGAUGACGAUGGAUAUGGAAGGAAUGUUAAAAUAUUUUCAAAAAGAACUUCCAACAAAAGCCGAAUCUGAUCCAGAAGCUCUCAUGCAACUUGCUUACUCAAUGAAAUACAACGCGAAAAAAAUGAAAAAACUCGAAAAAGAAUACAGCGUAAUAAAAGCAAAAGAACAAGAAGAAAUGGUCGAAUUAAAACGAUUAAGAACUGAAAAUAAACAACUGCGUCAUCGCUGCGAAAUGCUUGAAGAAGAAAGCAAAGCUUUGGCGGAUCGUUUAGUUCGUGGGCAAGUAAGUCGGGCUGAAGAAGAGGAAACAACGUUUUACGUUCAACGAGAACUCGACGUUUUAAGACAAACCCAUUUAGAAACAACUCACCAACUUGCUUUAGCAAAUGAAAAAAUUAAAUCUUUAUCUUUGAUGAUGGAAGAAACACACACUUCAAGACAAAGCUCGAUGGAAGAGAUUUCAAUGAAACAAGAACAACUACAACAACGCGAAGAAAUGAUUGUAUGUCUUCAAGAUCAAUUAGUUAAAGUUCGAUUACGCGAAGCUGAAAAUGACGCGUUAAUUCGAGAUUUAAGAUCGAGAAUACACGAAUUGGAGGAAGAUAAAAAGACUUUAAGGGAAAUUACUCCGGAUAAUAGCGUGGCGCAUUUGCAAGAAGAAUUAAUUGCCGUGAAAUUAAGAGAAGCUGAAGCUAAUUUAUCGUUGAAAGAUUUAAGACAACGAGUUUCCGAGUUAAGUGCUCAAUGGCAGAGACACUUACAAGUAAGUAAAAAAGAGCAUAAACAAGAAUUAUCAUCAUCCGGAGAACACAGCACGCCAAAAAAAUUAUUAUUCUGGGAAAAUCGCAGUAACGAAACUCAAAAACUCGAAGAGGAAUUAAUGACAACACGAAUCCGCGAAAUGGAGACUUUAACGGAAGUUAAAGAGUUAAGACUUAAGGUUAUGGAAUUAGAAACUCAGGUACAAGUUGGUACGAAUCAAUUAAGACGUCAAGAUGACGAAAUCAAAAAAUUACGCGAAUCUUUGGAGUUUGGGGAAUUGCGCGAUCGAGAGGCGGCCACUAAAUUAUUGGACGAACAGCGACGAUAUAACGAUUUGGAAAGUAAGAUGAAAGAUGAACUGAUGAACGCGAAAAUACGCGAUGCGGAGAAAACUCAAACUGUUGCUGAAUUAACUCAGAAAAUAAGCCAAUUAGAAUUAAAGAACGAAGAAAUUGCUACUGAAGGCGAAUUAAGAAAUCAAGGGGUUGAAGAUAGUGAUAAAGUACGGGAUUUACAAGAUAAAAUAGCUGAUUUACAAGCGGAGGUCAUGAGAUUAGAAUCUCGUAAUAACGGCGGUCGAUUAAACUCGGUUCGUUCGCCAUCGAUCGAUAGCAACGAUGAAGACAUUAAUAGGUUUAGAUUGGACGACCCCUCGUUAAGGUUAACGUUAAACGAAUCUCCGAGUCCGCCACAUCAACACACCGCUACAGAAUUCCUUACAAAUUCAAAUUCGGAGAUUAAUUUUACAACAGCAACUAAUAAUAACGCGUGUAAAUCUAUUGAGUCACUCGAAUCAACACCACAACGACCAACGACGCAACUUCCGAAUCACGUUUGACAAAACGACCGACUAAAUGAUUAUAUUUAUUUUAAUAGACCAUAUCGUAUUUGAUAAUUAAUAGAAUUUUUGCCAACAAUCUCCCCAAAAAAUUAAACCAAGAAAAGAUAUUUGUACUUUAUAAAAAACAAGUUUUAGAGUCCCUUAAAAUAUCUUGCAAACUCUAGAGUGACGUAAAAAAUUUAAUAAUAUAAUUUAUUUAUUAUUAUGUUUGGAUGAUGUUAUUAUCUAAUUAUUUAUUUUGGUGGUACUUAAUUUUUUUUCAAUGAUAUAAAUUAAAAAAAAAUGUAAAACUAGUGAGAGGUACAACACCAUGAAUUUAGUGUUCACCUACCCCUUUAAAAACUUUAAAAAACAAAAAAAAAAAAAUGAAAAACUUGUGUCUGUGUUAAAAAUGAUAUAUUAAUAACUAAUAAUAAUAAUGUGAGUAAUGUAAACGGUAAAAAGGCGUAGAUUUUUGAAUUUUAAUUGGAAAUUAACGUAUACAUUUCCCGUUCAUUACAUUAAAAAGAAUUUAAAGAAGGUCUUUAAUGAUAUUUAUAUCAAAUCCGUCUCUCGUAUUUAUUUUGUGAUGUUAAUUUUCUUCCACUUUAUUCAUUAAUUAAUAUAUGUUAAAACUUUAGUAUAUAGGCUGUGUAUUCAUUUAUUUCGUGUGAUUAAUAAUGAUUUGAUAACAAAAAUACUAAUUGUUGUUAAGAUGGAAAUGAGAUAAAACAAGAAUUAAAUAAAGAAUGUGGAUCUUA